UUUUUGCACUCCCACCCCUCCAUUUUUCCCAGCCGCCACUUCCUUUUCCCUGCCUUCUUCUCCCUCACACAGCAGCCAGCGCUGAAGCUCCAUGGCCGCCGAGCCCCUUCCCAUGGCGCCCCCUUCUCUCCCCUUGGCGCCCCCCUUCAGGCACGGCAGCAGGAAGCCCUCCUCCCCACGUGCAGCACCUCUGCUCCCCUUUCCAUGGCGCCCAGCAGGGAGCACAACCAGCGUUGUUUUCCUUCCACGGCGCGAGCCUCCACCCCCCUGCAGUGGACGCUGCGCGAGAUCCUCCCAUGGCGCUCCUCUGUUGAAGCCCCUUGCCGACGCCCUGCCCUCCUCCCUCUCCACGGCCUUCUUCCCCAUGGCGCCGGGAUCCUUCCUUCCGACGGGCGUGCUCCUCAUGAGCGCUCUGCGCGACCUCUGCCGAACCUGCUAUUUCCCUGCGCAUGGCCGCGACACAUGGCCCUGCUCCUCCUAUCUUUCCCACCAAAACAGCAAGCCCCCACCGCGUCCAGGUGUUCUCGCUACUCAGCUUUGGCCGCGCGAGCUCGCUGCGGGACGCCCUAGCCACUGCUCGCCUCAACCACAUCUCCAUGGCCGAGCUCACCCCUUCGCUGCUGCAGCCCCUCCCCUUGCUCCUUUUCACCGUGCGCAGGGUGUUUGACUUAAUGCCUGCGAAGGAGAUGUGUUGUUGCAGCCCCGUCGACGCUCGCCGGGUGUUUGCUGUUUUUGGCGCAGACCCGCUCGCGACGUCGUCGACCCUCGCCACCGUCAAAGUCGCGCUUCGUGCCUUGCAGUUCGACGAAAUGUCGAGCCAUGUGGACAGUCCAUGCGGCUAAAUCCCGACUCGUUCAGGUUGAAUCCAUGUGAUUGACUUACUUGCACAUUUGUCAUUGUCAUAUAUAUAUAUAUAUACAUGUAGGUGAAUGUGUUGUAUGCGAAUUAAAACUCAUGGAGGAGAAAGUGGUACACGUAGAUGUGUUUGCGAUUGGAAUGCCAAUAAGUGUAUAUGUGG